GUGUGCUGCCGGCUGAGCCUUGCUCUUUGCUGGGAUGCUGCGCUUAGUACGCGUCGUGUUACCUCGGCUGGGUACCGAGCGGGCCUGGCUGAGCAGCAGUUGGGUGCCCCGGGCUCCAGAUGUCAACAGCUUUGCUGCUCGGACCAACACCUGUGGGGAGCUGCGUGCUGCUCAUAUAGGACAGAAGGUCACGUUGUGUGGAUGGAUUCAGUACCAGAGACAAGGCCUGUUCCUGGUUUUGAGGGAUUUCCAAGGACUCACCCAGAUCAUCAUUCCACAGGAUGAAGCACAUUCUCAUGUGAGGAAGCUGCUGUGUAAUGCCCCAGUGGAAUCUGUUGUGCGAGUGACUGGCAUCGUGUCUUCUCGGCCCCCAGGGCAGGAGAAUCUGAAAAUGCCAACAGGGGACAUUGAAGUCAAGGUGGAGUCUGCAGAGGUUCUCAACUUCUGCAAGAAGCUGCCCUUUGAAAUCAAAGAUUUCAUCAAGAAAUCAGAGGCCUUGCGCAUGCAGUAUCGCUACUUGGACCUGCGCAGCUCCCAGUUACAGUACAACCUGAGGCUGAGAUCCCAGGUGGUGAUGAGGAUGCGAGAGUACUUGUGUAACCACCAUGGGUUUGUGGAUGUAGAAACACCAACGCUCUUUAAGAGAACCCCAGGGGGGGCAAAAGAAUUCCUUGUGCCCUCCAGGGAACCAGGCAAGUUCUACUCUCUGCCUCAGAGUCCUCAGCAGUUCAAGCAGCUCCUGAUGAUUGGAGGCCUGGACAGAUACUUCCAGGUUGCUCGCUGCUACCGUGAUGAAGGCUCGCGGCCUGACAGGCAGCCAGAAUUCACUCAGAUAGAUAUAGAGAUGUCAUUUGUAGAUCAAGCUGGGAUCCAGAGGUUGAUAGAGGGCCUCCUGCAAUAUUCCUGGCCUGAGGAAAGAGGCCCCAUUACAACUCCUUUUCCUUCCAUGACAUAUGAGGAGGCACUGGCUGACUAUGGGACUGAUAAACCAGACACUCGCUUUGGGAUGAAGAUAGUGGAUAUCAGUGACACUUUACGAAGAGUGGACAUUGGGUUUGUGCAGAAUGUGCUCAGUUACCCUCACAGCACUGCCAAGGCUAUUUGUAUCCCUCAGGGAGUGAGAUAUCUUAAAAAUAAAGAUUUGGAAUCCUUAAAGGAGGCUGCAAAAUCCCAGUUCAACCAGGAAAUCAUGGAUGUUAUCUGCAGGCCCGAUGGGAGCUUGAAGUCUUUGCUCACCAAGUUUCUUAGUGAAGAGCAGCAGUCAGAGCUCAUCCAAGCACUGAACAUGCAGGUGGAUGAUGUGGUACUGCUGGCAGCUGGAGACCACGAGCGAGUGGUAGGAAGCAUUUCUGGGUUACUGUGAGAGUUGAAUGUUGCUGUUGGCUUUGAAGUUACCUGUCCUUUGUCUAAUACCUCUGAUCACUAA